AUGGCUAUGGAAGGGGGAAAAGAAGAGGGGGGCAAGGGUGUCUUGGGACGCUCAGAGUGGGGCAAAGUCACGCUGGGAUCGGUUUGUGUGCCGUCGUCAAAGAAAGGCUCCGCUCUUGGCGGUACCGUUACAUUGUACUUUAUGUAUGAACCCACAAAAUACACCCUCUCCUCCUUGUCGGGUGAGGAGGGAUGCAGUCUCACAAAGGUCCUGUCCUGUCCUGUCCUACCAACCUAUGGCUGCAAGAGGUGUCCACAAUGUUCCACCGAUCUCUCCCAUCCCGUGGAGCCGGGAUACACUGGCCUGUCCCUGUCGCUCGGCUGCCAGCCCUGGCUCCUACAUAGUACCAUAAUACAAACCCGGAAGAAGUACCACGAGCAAAACAACAAGAGUUUCUUCAACGUGUGGCUGAACUGGUGA